AUGGUGCUCACACGAUCGCAGGCCAAGCGCGGUCGCAGCAGCGACGCUGGGGAUGACGGCGACAGCAGUGUAGUUGGCUCGAUCUCUUCGGACGCUGACACCUCAGACAGCGACGAUGCCCAUCGCGAAUCAACAGUGAAGUCGAGGUCGUCUUUUGCUGAGACAACACCCAUAAGGAACGGCAGCUUGGCGAGUGGGCAGCGUGGCGCAUCGCUGCUUGCGUCGCCGCAGGGAGAGCAACUUGGCCGCGGAUGUCGAGUGUCACAUGCCACCGUCUCCCUCGACGAGCAGUAUCUCGCGGCCUCGUUGCGUCGCUCGAAACCUCUGCAACGCAGCCCGGGACACCGUGGCAACGACGGGGUCGGCGUCGCAAGGACGAGAGGCAGCGACGAAGAAGACGAUGGCCUCGCCAUCCACUCCCGAUACCCGCAACGGGAGGCAGCGAGGAAGGCGGUGGAAACUCUUCGCAGCAUGAUCGCUCACUCCAACGGGGCUGCCAGACGUGGCGGUAGUGGCGCGGCUGACGAUGAGGACAGCGACAGCAACAGCAUGGGGGCUUUCAACUUCCGCCAUCACCCGGAACUGGAGGAGGAGAUAAAGAAGAGUCGCGAGAUGCAUCGGCGGCGAUGCCACAACAGGAACAGUGAUAGCGACGAUGACGAGGAGGAGUCCACCGCCUCUUCUUCCUCCGAGGAAUUGGCCGAUGAGAAUGCCCCUGCCAGGCGAGCCACGCGCGGGCGGCCUCGCCUCUCGACGGACUGGCGUGGCAGCGCGGCGGCACAGUCGUCAAACUCCCCAGCAGGGGCGACGACACGUCGCGCCCGCGCUGCCGACGCUGAUGCCGUGUCGAUCGACUCGUCCAUCAGCGACGCCUCCAUGCGGGAAGAAAGUGUCGAGCGGAUGGCGCAGCAGGACCAGCGCGCCGGCCCUUCCUCACCCUCCAGCGAAAGCGGUGAAGGCAGUCUCACUGGCGACUUCAUGACGGAGGCGCAGCGGCGCCACGCCGUCCGCCAAGCCCGCGAAAGCGUCACCGAGAACAUCAACAUCAACCACUACAUGGCGGACGCCGUCGGCGUGAAGGACUCGAGGAAAGUCCGCCGCCGCCAACUGGACCGGCGCUACCGCUGGCUGAUGCACCAGGAAGAGGAUGCGCGGAUGCGGGGCGACGGCUAUGGCGGCGGCGCAGGCGCAGCGGACGGCGGGAGUGGCGGCGCGACGACAACGGCGAACGGGGCGCUGGGGGACAUCUCCCCCUUGCAGAUCGAUGAUGGCAUCACCUUCGACAGCGUUGGCGGUCUGCCUGAGCACAUAGUGACGCUGCGAGAGAUGGUGUUGCUCCCGCUGCUCUACCCGGAUCUGUUCGAGCGCCUUGACCUCAAGGCACCGCGCGGUGUGCUCUUCGUCGGCCCGCCUGGCACGGGGAAGACACUGAUGGCUCGCGCGCUCGCCAACGAGGGGUCGGGGUUUGCGCGCGGCAGCAACACAGGCGAGGCGACACCGUCGCAGCAGCAGCAGCGCAUCACGUUCUUUGUUCGAAAAGGUGCGGAUUUACUCUCGAAGUGGGUAGGCGAAAGUGAGCGCCAGCUGAAACUUCUCUUCGAGGAGGCGAAGCGGCUGCAGCCGAGCAUCAUCUUCUUCGACGAGGUGGACGGCCUCGCACCAGCGCGGCACGCCAAGGCGGAGCAGACGCAGGCCGCCCUCGUCUCGACGUUGCUGGCGCUCCUGGACGGUCUGGAGGACCGCGGACAGGUGGUCGUGAUUGGGGCGACGAACCGGCCAGACACACUGGACCCCGCCCUGCGCCGCCCCGGUAGGUUUGAUCGGGAGCUUGUGUUUCCGCUCCCAGAUGCGGCGGCGCGGCGACACAUCUUGACCAUUCAACUGGCGAAGAAGGCGAUGCCUGGUAAUGCGGCACAGCGCGCAGCCCUCUUGAAGGACUUGGUCGAGAUGACUGAGGGCUACACUGGCGCCGACCUGGCUGCGCUGUGCACCGAAGCUAGUCUUCACCGCCUCCGCUCGGCACUUCCGCAGCUCUACCUCAGCAGCCAGCGCUUGUUAGUGCCACGCGACGUGGAGAAGACACAGCUGCACGUGCGCACCGAGGACUUCUACGCCGCAGCUCAACUGAUGCAGCCAUCGCUGCGCCGCCCUCGCAACCGCGGUGCCAGCGGAGUGGCGGAUUCCUUUCUGGACCCGUACAUCGAAGUGCUGCUGCGCGGCACGCGCGACGCGACGCUCGCGGCAUUGGCGCCGUCGUGGUCUCUGGUCGACAAGGCGUUGCGGGCCGGCUCACGCGACUGUCAAGAUAUGGCUACGGCGCUCCGCUCACUCUGCACGGUUCCGAUCCCGCAGCCACCGCGACCAUGCUUGCUUGUGCUCCGUGAGGCAUCGGACGAUUGGUCAUCAUCUUGGUGCGCCCCCGCUGCCGCGCCUGUCGAUCGGUCAGGAGAGCAGCAUCAGCAGCAGCGCGCACUACGGCUGCAUCACCUGGCGAUUAGUCUGCUCAAGGGACUACCACGCCUGCCGCAGCUCACGGUUCACCUGCCCCAGCUUUGCUGGGAUGACAGUGAGUCGAGAGGAACCUGGCGCGCCUCGACCUCAGUCGCGGACGACUGCCUGGGCGGCGGAUCGGGCAGUGGCUUUGCGGGCAUCAGCUUCACGCACAUGAGCCACGUGGUGGACUCGGUGCGCCAGUGCAGCCCGUGCGUCGUGUACUUGAGCGGUGUGGAAGAGUGGCUGAGGGGAACUAGCGCAGAGCAAGAGACGACAGCCAUUGACUUGUCUUCAGACGACGAAGGGGUAGUCCACAUCGGCUCCGAGGCGGCAUCGCAUACGGACCUCUCACGGCCCGACGCCUUCACCACUUCCGCAGAUGCCACGGUGGUUAUCGAUCCUGCAGAGCGCCCGCCACCCGUGCACCACCAGCAGCUCUCUCGCAGGCGGCAGCAUCUAUUAGAGAUGCUCCGCUACUACCUGAACACAAUGGCUGACACGGACGUCAUCUUCGUGCUUCCCUGCGCGACGGCUGCGACGUGCGAGCUGCUCAUCGGACCUGAGAGCCCUGCCCCCGCCACUUCCAAACCGCGGACUGCGGCGACGGCAUUAUCCCCACAACAGCUGGACUCCCUGUCGCCAUCUUCACCGACUCUCCAAGCAGACCCACCGAGCGCGGUGCAGCUCAGGCGCUUCUCGGCGCGGCAGCAGCUUCUGCACCCGCAGUUCUCGUUGGUGGUCGCAGCCGUAUCCGCCGCACCACUGCCGAAUGACCUGCGCCACUUCGUGGAGUACGUCUACCGCAUCGUUGCCAUGACGCUUCAGCUGCACCACCGCACCGCUGUGGGCAAUGCAACGGGCGACCCUCAAAAGCUGCACGGGGGGACGAGGGCGGCGGCGGCGGCUGUCGGGCCUUGCGGUGCACUCGUGGUAGACGAAGCGCCGCCGUCGUCACCGCUCUCCGCCGCUAAUCUGCGUGCUCGCCGGCGCGCCGACCGUGCCCAACGGUCCGAGCUCUGGCGCAAGGUCGAGUACCGCCGCCUGCAGCUGCGCCACGUACUGAUGAAGUGGAUGAGUCAGUAUAUCAACUCGGGCAAGUUCAAACUGUUGGCCAGCGCCGACCUCGACUUCGCUGCUGAUAACCCGCAGCUCAAGUCGUGGCAGCAGCACACGCGUCACCAUCGCAUUGGUCUGCAGGACAUCCUCGAGAAGAUCGAGGACGAGGCGUACGUGUGUCUCUCACAGUACCACGACGAUAUUGACCAGCUCGUGCGCAACGUGCGCUCUUUUUUCCGCACGCGGGCGGCGCAGGAUCAGCGCUACCGCCUCAAGGCGCUGGACCUGAAGGAGACCUGCCUGCUGAAUAUGUACAGGCUGAACCGCGCCGUCAUCCGCUUCUGCGAGGAGACGCGCGACGUUCACGAGCCCUCGUCGGAUGAGGAUGCAGCGGACAUGGGAGAGGAGCAGCGCGUUGGGACCGAGGGGCCAGGGCGAGAUCCCACCGCGCUUGUCUCCAAGGACGCGGACCCGGCCCUCAUCGCAGAGCGGUCUCGCCGGGCCAUGAGCUUCACUCAGCGUCCCUCGGCCUCGGUGCGGCGGAAGCCGCGGCGGUACUACGGAGAACGGAGUCGUCGCCGAAAGCCCAGGAACGACUCGAAGGCAGAAGCGAGGAAGACGGCAGACGAAGUGGUGCUGCCGAGCGACGGCGGUGGCGACGACGAUAGCGGUCACGGUGAUGAGGAGGAUGAGCAAGUUUCGAACGAAGGCUCAGCCAGUGAGAAGAAAGCGGCAGCAGCAGCAGUAGAGGAGGAGGACAGCACAGUGAACGGUAGCCACACGUCUGCUUCUGGUGUGGCCAAGGGCGGAGGAUCUGUCUUGAUCACUGCCUCAUCGGUCCAGGACUGGGCAUGCGGCCUUCUUGCUUCCCUGUCCUACACACGCCUCUCCCAAGUCUUCAAGUCGAUGAUGCGUGGACUAGAGAUGGAGGUGCGCAGUGUAGAGUGUCAGGUGGCGUCGACCGUGCUGCCUGGUGAGGCUGGAAAGCCGAAUGACGCUGCAGGCAUUCCACUAAUAGUGGCGGGGGAUAGUGAGGGAGCACCAGAUGCGUACGCCGCGACGGUGUUCAGGCAGCUUCUACUCGCAGCAGUCGGUGAGUGA